AGAGAGGGGUGCGGAAGCGCGCUCCGCUGAGGGCGGCGGUGCCGGCCGGGCUGCGGAGCGAUGCGGGCCGGCUGCCGCCUCUUCCCGCUGCUGCUCCUCGCGCUGCUGCGCGGGCUGUGUCACGGCAGGGAAGCGGCGCCGAGCGCUGUCACCUGCGGCUCGGUGCUGAAGCUGCUCAACACCCGCCACAGCGUGCGGCUCCACUCGCAUGAGGUCAAGUACGGAUCCGGAAGUGGGCAACAGUCAGUGACAGGAGUUGAAGCUUCAGAUGAUGCUAACAGUUACUGGCGGAUUCGUGGGAAGAGUGAUAGCAAUUGCCAGCGCGGGACACCGGUGAAAUGUGGGCAAGCCAUACGGCUCACCCAUGUUAACACAGGAAAAAAUUUACACACUCAUCACUUCCCAUCACCACUCUCCAAUAACCAAGAAGUAAGUGCCUUUGGUGAUGAUGGCGAAGGAGAUGACCUCGAUAUAUGGAUUGUGCAAUGCAGUGGGACUUACUGGGAGCGGGAGGAUGCGGUGCGCUUCAAGCACGUAGGAACUGAAGUGUUCCUUUCAAUAACUGGGGAACAGUAUGGCCAUCCCAUUAGAGGCCAACGGGAAGUUCAUGGCAUGCCUACUGCUAAUCAUCACAACUAUUGGAAAGCAAUGGAAGGCGUCUUCAUCAAACCCAGUAUGGACCCUGCAAAACACGAUGAGCUCUGAAUUGACAGAGGAUCCAAAAUGCUUCAGCUUACUCCAGUGUUCGGAGAUGCUAAUUCUUGGUCUCUUAUAAGUCCCGCCUUGCCUGAGUGACCGACUUUCUGUAUUACUGGAGGGCAUUAGUUCAUUCUAGGAAUGCAGCACUUAUGUGGGGAAUGGCAUUUGCCAGAUUCAGCCUUUGAAAUUUGAAUAUUUGGCAAAAUCAUUUCUGAACUUUUGAGCUUAAUUGGUGAAACUGGUUCAUACCUCUGUUGGUUUUCAUUGUCAUUUGUUUUGCUUGUUACUUUUUCUCAAAUCUGAAGGAAAUGGAAAAUCUAAAGUAAUGCAUUUCUGUAGUCCCAAGUGCAAUAAAACUUUGCAUUUUGUAAUAUUUUUCCAAUUAUAAUUAAAUAUUUGUAAACUGAUUUCUACUUCUUAGUGAGAGAAUGUUACUAAUGAGGAGAUGGAAGAAAUCUAGAAAGGAAAAAAGAGUUCUCAAUUUUGGUAUCUUUUAAAUAUCUUGAAGUCAGCUGCUCAGCCUUCCAGAAAAUGUGGUCCAUUUGAAAAUUGCUUCCAAUGUCUUUCAUGAUUUUUCUUGUGUACUUGUAUUGGAAGAGUUGACAACAUUGUGUAUGUUGGAGUAGGAAGAAAAAGUUUUAACUAACUUUCUCGAAGAAGUUCAGAUUGUCUGGUAAUGGUGAUCCUCCUGAUUGUCAAAUGGUAAGACUGUUCUGCCUGAUAAACUGGUGUGGAAAGCUGCUUUUUAAUAUUAGAAUUUUAUAAAAUUCCAUGUGGUGCAAAGGAACAGUUCAAUUUUACUUACGUUGUUGUACUUGCAUGUCAACUCUGCAAGAUCAGUAUGAGAAUCUAGAUAAAUAAAUAGCAGGGUAUAUGCCCAUGUGGGGUGUUUUUUAUAUGAAUCCAGAAGAAGAGAAAAAAGAAUCUUAGACAAUGGUGUAAGGAAUCUUCAUUGAAUGACUUAUGAAUUUCUGUGUGCCUUCCCUCUCUGAAAAGAGAAAAAAACUAAUUCUUGAAUGUGUUUGUUACAUGGUGUUACUGAAAAUACUGCUUAAAAUUCAAAGUGCCAUACAGUUUGUAUUUGCUUUAAAUUUAGCUCAUGAAAUGAGUGUGAAAACUCAGAAAAUUCAGCUGUUCUUGUCUCCAUGUGUAAGUAGUUUUACUGAUGACAGUCUUAAUUAGUCAAUCAGUUAAAGAAGCAGGAAACUGAUUUACUGCUUUUACAGCUCCAGUCACGUGCUGCAGUGUUCUCUGUGGAGAAGGUGCUACAGGCAGUUGCAGUUAAGCUUUAUAAAUGUACUUACUGAUACAUGGUUCAUACCCUGUGGUGCCUCAUGCAGUUAUGCUGUACAGGCUAGAUUCAGGUUUUAUUUAAGAGUUCACUACUAGUGAUGAUCCUUCAUACCCUAUGGAACAAGGAACUUCUGUGGCAGUUGUUUCGUGCAUCAGAUUAUUUUCCUCUGACAGAAAAGGUAAGACUGUUUUUCUGUGACUCUUAGUUUCAUGUGGGUAUUUAAGGAUUACAGGCAUUUUGGAGAUUAGCUUUUGCUGGUUUGUUAUUAGAAGUAAAUUCUAUGUGAUGAAUGUUUCGGGUUUACUGAUGUUCCUGACUAAUUGGUAUUGAAGUUGUAGCUAUGAAGCGUAACUAUUUAUGAACAAACCAAACUUUCUGCAUAAACAAGCUGACUUUUCCUUUAUUAAAAAGCAGGGCUUUUCUUUUGAAGUUGGUGUAUGAGUAAACACAGAAAGUGUGGCAGCAUUUGGCAGGAGGAAGAAAGGAAUUUGGCAAUGAGGUUUCUGUCACUAAGAGCUAAAUGCUUUAUGCCUAAACCAUAUGGGCUUAGUGUUCGUGCACCUGUGGAAUACUGAGUUGGUUGAGGAGGGGUAGAGCUGUAUGGCUCAUUUUGGUCUGUGUGCCAUGUACUAUUUGUACCCAAUGUUUAUCUCUGCCUGGAUGUUUUUGUCUCUAGCAAAGAUGUUUAUCCAUCUUUUUAUGCUUGAGUGGGAUCUCACUGGACCUUCCUCUUUUUGUUCUGGAUUUGAGCCAAAUUGGUUUAGUGAGGCUGAGAAAGAACUUGGUUCUUACUGUUUACUUUCUAAUAUGAUCUCAGUUCUGAAAACAUUUGUACCUUUUGCUCCUGAAGAACCAAGCUUUGCCACACACAUGUAUCCAUAAAUGCCUUAUUUAAAGAUGUGUUCAACAAUAUUCCUGUGAAUUGAGUUUCCUUCACUUUUGAUUGUGACCAAAGUGUAAAAGUCACUGGGGCUUAGUAUUUCGCUUGUUCAUGUUUCGUAGUAGAAUCUUUGUUUCUUAUUGCUAUAAAAGUUGUGUUGAAGGGCUCUUAAGUAAGGCAAGUGGAAGUACAUCUUAAUUUAGAAAGGUCUAAUAUAGUACCAAAAUCACUAUCGGUACUCAUGACUUUUGUGGUCUGCAUUUAGUGUGCUGUAAGUUAACAUAGGUGCAAAAGCUUAUAACUGGAAAAAGGUGGAUUGUGCUAGUGUGAUCUCCUUUCUAUAUAACUUCUAGGUUUAAAAGACUUGCAUUAGUAUCUGUUUAAUGUCAUAUUUUAUGCUUUAAACUUAAGUACUGAGAUCUCAGAAUCUGAUUCAGGUGGUUUUAUUUACUUUGGCUGCUUAGAGUUCAAUUAUUCAGUCCUUCCCUACAGCUGAGGACUAGAGACUGGGAGAAUCCCAGUUCUUACUUGUUGGGUUUUGUUGUUGUUUGUUUUCUAUAUGACUUAUCUACCUAAAGAUGUUAGAACUCUUGGGUAAAACAUGAAAUACUGAGAGGUGAAACCUG